AUGGCGUUUAUUUAAGUCCCCACCCUCCGCUCCGGGAAAUUCUUGUUCUGCGGAAUUUUUUGGGUUCUCGGGCUCCGCCGCGAUCCCAUCCUCGCCUCGCCGGCCCCCGCUGCUCCCGGCGGUUCUCCCGGAGCUUCCUUUCCGGCCGACGCAGCAGAGAAGUGAAAAAGAAUUGCGGCGGCGUCUUCCCGCACAAAGGAAAUAAUCAGCAUAUUUAUCAGAGGAAGCUGCUGAGGCAUGGCUAGGACUUAAAGAUACUGUAUGUGCAGAUCAUGAAGAUAGGGUUGCAUUCUGAUUUCUGAGAUUCUUGAUGGUAACCUGGUUUGGGCUGUGGUGAAGGCUGAUUAUGCCUUCAAAGAUGAUGAAAGGCCUUACAAAAGUCAUAUUUUUCAAGAGCUUCCAUUCGAUGGCAAUCCUAAAUUAGACUCCGAGUUUGAAAGACAAAGUAAGCACAGUUUUUUGGCGGAUAAAAUGGUUGAACAAACCAAUCAAUCUGAACAUAGUUUUGUGAAAGGUGAGCAUCAGAAUGGAGGUAGAACCGGACAGACAUGCAUUGAGGAUUACUCGUAUGACAAGGAUGUUGUAGAGAUCAAACUGCCAGACACAGUUCUUUCUUCUGAUUACGGUCGCCAUUUUGUCAAGGAUGUCUGCAUUGAUGAAGGAGUUUUUCCUGAUAAAAAGACUUCAACUGAAAAACUAGUAGAUCAAAAGGUUUCAAUAAACUUUGAUUCCUCGGAAGAUACCAACAGUGACCUAGGGGAAGAGAUAAGAGCUGAGUCUACGAAAACUGCACUUGAAUUAAAAUCACAAAUAGUUAUUCUACCAGCCAUGUGUGCUACUGAUGGCAAUACUGGGGAACAGAACUCCUUAUGCAAAGAGCGUAAUCUUGAAGACAACAAUACUGCAACUAUCUCUACUGAUUCAAAUGAGGAGAAACCAAAUACCAAACAAUCACUACAUGAAGGUGCACAAGGUUGCCAGCAGGUUGGCAGUGUCAUUUCCAAGGGCAAUGAAAAUCUUGAGCCCUUUUUCAAUGGAGAAGCAGCACGUCAGGUUUCAUCGAAUGAUUGUCAUGAAACUGGAAUUGGUAUUGCAUCAGAGACCAGUAACAUUAUUCAGAGUGAUUUAACAGUAGAAUCAGCUGCUGCUGAUUUCUCAGUGGCGAUACCUGAAGAAGUUGUUGUCAGUGCUGCAUUGGAUAAGGGAGGAUCCAACCAAGUUAAUCACUAUAACCCUUUUAUUGCCUAUGGAUCAUUAGACGAGACAUGGGAACCUAAUUACUCUCUCCCUACUAUUGUGGAUGCUGCUUCUAUAGCACCCAUCUGUCCUGUUGAAAAGACAGAUAGUUUUAGCGAUCUUGUCAACAGAGCACUGGAAGGAUUUGAUCCUAUUGAAAUAGAUGAAGCCAUAAUUGAAGAGAAUAGGUCAGAUUCUGUUGAAGCAUGUUCAAGUACACUGGAUGUCCAAGAAUCUGAACAAUGUAAUGAUCAGAGAGGAAGUCACGCUGAUGUGAAAAUUGAUGCGGCGCAUGAAACAGGUAUAGCUACAUCUUUGUCUACCAGCAAUGGACAGCCUAGUGAUGUCAAAAGUGAGAGCGGUAAAAAUAUUGAGAUUAAUAGUUCCCAGGAUAAAAAUGAUUUUAACCCUAGAGAUGUGGAGGUUGGCACAAAAAGAAGUAAGGACGUCACGGAUGAUAAGAAUUCACCUCCUGUGCAAAGAGAACCUGUUGUUCAACAAAAUGGACCAGACAGUGCAAAAGUGACUGCGCAAACUGUUAUCCGCAAUCCCUUUGAAUCCAGCUUCUCUGGUCCUAGCAUUACGUCAGGUCCACUAACACCUUCUGGUCACAUACCUUAUUCUGGCAACAUUUCUCUUCGAUCAGAAAGUAGCACAACAAGUACUCGGUCCUUUGCAUUUCCAGUGCUACAGAACGAGUGGAACAGCAGCCCCGUGAAGAUGGCAAAGGCCGACCGCAGGCGUCUGAGGGAAGACCGAGGCUGGGGUUACAGAAUCCUUUGCUGUAAAUUCUGAAUGUGCUUGCCCCUGCAUUCUUUUUGCCUGUUGAGUUGAGACCCUAGUGUCACGCUUGAGCCCAGCCCUUGGUAGUCCAUGUUAAAUUCAUUCAAAUAUUUCUCUUCUUUUUCCCUCAUCUUGCUGUCUGUCCCCCCAUGCCCUGCUGUUCUUAUUUAUCCCUAGCAGGCUAAUGGCUUGUCGGAUUCGGUAGUGGCUUGUAAUUUACGACACUAUGAUGAGUGAGGAAUGAAGGUAUAGCUUUGAUAUAGCAUUUGCUGCUACU